AAGUGACGUAAUCUUCGCGCAUGCGUGUCUCGAUAGUGUCAUCCGGUGCAGGUCACGUGACACGGGAGCUGCUGACAUUUGUAUUAUUAUUAUUAUUAGUAUUAGUUCCGCACGAACAAAGUAGACUUAAAGUGACUCACCGACGACAAAACAGGCAGCAGAAGCUUCACGUGACAGAAGAGGACACUUUCCACCAUGAUUGAUGACCUAAAGAAGUACCUGUUCAAACAAUUACAAAGUGUUGAAGGCAUUCACGCCAUCGUGGUCACAGACAGAGAUGGAGUCCCGGUCAUCAAAGUUGCCAGUGAUAAUGCUCCUGGUCCUGCUAUGAAACCUGGCUUCCUGUCCACCUUUGCCCUGGCCACAGACCAGGGCAGCAAGUUGGGCCUCUCCAAGAACAAGAGUAUUAUCUGCUACUACAACAGUUACCAGAUCAACGAAGCAUUUAGCUGCCAUCUGUCUGGUUCUUCUAGAUUCUGCAGUUCAAUCGGUUACCCCUGGUGGUCAGUUUCAUUGCCAGCAGCAAUGCCAACACAGGCCUGAUCAUGAGCUUGGAGAAGGAGUUAGCGCCUUUGAUAGAAGAGCUGAGGCAAGUCGUGGAAGUCACUUAAACUUUGAAGUGAUGUCACCCGUCUACUUCCUGUGUGCAUAUGUAUGUCGGCUUUCACCUGUCAACGCAAGAAGUGGAAAUAAAAGUUUGAUUUCAGUACAAAAUGUGA